CACAAGUCUCGUGACGGCCAUUUUGUCAGGUGUUCUUUGUCUGUGCGUUGAACAUUCAUUUCUCCUACAUCAUGGAUAACGCUCAAGCACAACUUCUCGUAAACAUCCAUGAAGAGAUUACCAAAGGUACUUUCACUGACCUACAAAUUAUAUGUAAAGAUGGAACAACAACCGGAAGCCGCAUCGUACUGGCGGCGAUGUCAUCAUAUUUCCGGGCCAUGUUCAGUUCUGAUAUGGCAGAGAGUCAGACGGGCGUCUUGAACCUUCCCACGAUGUCGUUGUCGGUGUUGCAAGCUAUCAUUAAAAUGUAUUUGUGUGGAGUUAAUCUAGUGAAUGAAACCAACUGUGUGCAGGUAAUGGAUGCUGCUGAAAUGAUGCAGCUUGACCACAUCAAAGACAUCUGUGACAUAUUCCUGAAGGAAAGUCUGGUACUGACCGCUGAAAACUGUUUAAAUUGGUGGAGACUUUCUAAACUUUACAAUUUCCACGAUUUGUCGAACCGAUCAUUAUCCUAUUUCACUGACAAGUUUCCUGAUUUUGUUGAAACAGAAAACGUUGUUCAUCUGUCAAAGGAAGAACUUAUGGAAAUUAUUUCAAAAGAAGAGAUGACAUGUACAGAAGACAUCAUUCUGAAAGGCGCCAUGAAGUGGAUUCAGUAUAAUAACCCGGAUCAAGAUCAUGUCAAACUGAUUUUUGAAAACGUGCGUCUAGAUAUUGUUGAUUCACAGUUUCUGAUUGACGAAGUGGUGUUUUCAGAUACCGUUUGUAAAAAUAAAUCUGUUCAAGAAAUUAUACAAAAGGUGCUACGUUCAUAUCGUGGAGUCACUACUCGAUCAAGGUUCAGUCCGGAAAUAUCUGUUUUCGUUCUCCAUCAUAAUAACACGUCACUACUGUCUUGUUUCACGUCAGACAACAAGUGGGGGGGGGGGGGGGGGGGGGGGGCAUUCCUCCAGCGCCAGUAG